AUGAAGAGGGCGUCCGCCAGAGGAAGCCAGCUGCUGGCCUGGGUGCUGUGGCUGCAGGCGUGGAGGGUGGCGGCGCCCUGCCCAGGCGCCUGCGUGUGCUACAACGAACCCAAGGUGACCACCAGCUGCCCGCAGCAGGGUCUGCAGGCCGUGCCCGCCGACAUCCCGGCCGCCAGCCAGCGAGUCUUCCUGCACGGCAACCGCAUCGCGUACGUGCCCGCCGCCGGCUUCCGCGCCUGCCGCAACCUCACCAUCCUGUGGCUGCACUCGAACGCGCUGGCCCACAUCGACGCGGCCGCCUUCUCCGGCCUGGCGCUCCUGGAGCAGCUGGACCUCAGCGACAACGCGCAGCUGCGGUCCGUGGACCCCGCCACGUUCCGGGGCCUGGGCCGCCUGCACACGCUGCACCUGGACCGCUGCGGCCUACGGGAACUGGGCCCCGGCCUGUUCCGCGGCCUGGCCGCCCUGCAGUACCUCUACCUGCAGGACAACGGGCUGCAGGCGCUUCCCGACGACGCCUUCAGCGACCUGGGCAACCUCACGCACCUCUUCCUGCACGGCAACCGCAUCCCCAGUGUACCCGAGCGCGCCUUCCGUGGCCUGCACAGCCUCGACCGCCUCCUGCUGCACCAGAACCGCGUGGCGCGCGUGCACCCGCACGCUUUCCGGGACCUCGGCCGCCUCAUGACGCUCUACCUGUUUGCCAACAACCUCUCCGUGCUGCCCGCGGAGGCCCUGGCGCCCCUGCGGUCCCUGCAGUACCUGCGGCUCAACGACAACCCCUGGGUGUGCGACUGCCGCGCGCGCCCGCUCUGGGCCUGGCUGCAGCAGUUCCGCGGCUCCUCGUCAGAGCUGCCUUGCAGCCUGCCCGCGCGCCUGGCAGGCCGCGACCUCAAGCGCUUGGCCGCCACUGACCUGGAGGGCUGCGCCGUGGCCACGCGGCCGGCCCCUCCCCUCUGGACCGGCGGGCCUGCCGACGAGGAGCCUCUAGGGCUGCCCAAGUGCUGCCAGCCGGACGCCGCAGACAAGGCCUCGGUGCUGGAGGCCGGGAGGCCCGCCUCGGCCGGCAACGCUCUCAAGGGACGAGUCCCUCCCGGUGACGGCGCUCCGGGAAACCGCUCCGGCCCCCGGCAUAUCAACGACUCGCCCUUCGGGACCCUGCCGGGCUCAGCCGAGCCCCCCCUGACCGCGGUGCAGCCUGAGGGCUCCCAGCCCCCUGAGUCCCCCACCACAGGCCCGCGUCGUCGGCCAGGCUGUUCCCGCAAGAACCGCACGCGCAGCCAUUGCCGUCUGGGCCAGGCGGGCGGUGGGGGCAGUGGGGGCGGCGGGGCCGGCGGGGUGGAGGGCUCGGGCGCCCCACCCGGCCUCACCAGCGGCCUCGUCCCCGUGGCUCUGGCGCUGGUGCUGUGGACGGUGCUCGAGCGCUGUUGA